ACUCAAUCGCUAUUUCCCUUUCUAAACAAAUGGAACUAAGGGGAAUCAACCCUGACUUUGUAACUUGCAAUCUCUUAAUCAAUUGUUUAUGCCAAUUGGGUCAUAUCACUUUUGCUUUCUCUGUUUUCUCAAAGAUUCUCAAAAGGGGUUAUCAUCCUGGUACAAUAACUUUUACCACACUCAUCAAGGGUUUUUGUCUUAAAGGUGAGGUUCAUAAAGCAUUGCACUUUCAUGACAAGGUGGUAGCACAAGGAUUUCGGUUGAAUCAAGUUAGUUACGGGACUUUGAUCAAUGGGUUAUGUAAAGUUGGAAAAACAAGAGCAGCUCUAGAGUUGCUGAGACGAGUUGAUGGGAAAUUGGUUCAACCUAAUGUGGUAAUGUACAGCACGAUUAUUGAUAGUAUGUGCAAAGAUAAACUUGUUUCUGAUGCAUGUGAUUUAUAUUCUGAAAUGGUUGUCAAGAGAAUUUCUCCUAAUGUUGUCACUUACAGUGCACUAAUUAGUGGCUUUUGCAUCAUGGGUCAAUUGAAAGAAGCAAUUGAUUUGUUGUAUAAAAUGACAUUGGAAAACAUCAACCCAAAUGUGUAUACUUUUAAUAUAUUGGUUGAUGCUUUUUGUAAGGAAGGGAAGUUGAAAGAAGCUAAAAAUGUGUUUCUUGUGAUGAUAAAAAAUGACAUAAAGCCGAAUAUUGUUACUUACAACAUUUUAAUAGAUGGAUAUUGCCUCGUUAAUGAAGUGAACAGGGCUAAGAGUAUACUCAACAUUAUGGUCCAAAGGGGAGUGGCUCCUGAUGUUAGGAGCUACAGUAUCAUGAUUAAUGGACUUUGUAAGAUUAAAAUGGUUGAUGAAGCCAUGAACCUCUUCAAUGAAAUGCAGUCCAGAAAAAUUGUUCCUAAUGUGGUAACUCACAGUUCUCUCAUUGAUGGUUUGUGCAAAUCGGGGAGAAUUACAUAUGCUUUGGAGCUUGUCAUUGAUAUGCAUGAUAGGGGGCAACCACUUGAUAUAUAUAGUUACAAUUCUAUAUUGGAUGCUUUAUGCAAAAGCCAUGAUGUUGACAAGGCAAUUGCAUUAUUGAAAAAAGUUAAAGACUUGGGUAUUCAACCAAAUAUGUGCACGUAUAAUAUUCUUCUCAAUGGAUUGUGUAAAAGUGGACGAAUAAAGGAUUCACAAAAGAUUUUUGAAGAUCUUUUGGUCAAAGGCUACAAUCUAGAUGUCUAUGCAUAUACCAUUAUGAUACAAGGGUUUUGUAACAAGGGCUUGUUGGACGAAGCGUUGGAUUUGUUUUCAAAAAUGAAAGACAAUGGCUGCAUUCCAGAUGUUUUAACUUAUGAAAUAGUUAUUCAUUCCCUCUUUGAAAAAUAUGAAAAUGAAAAAGCGGAGAAACUUCUUCGGGAAAUGAUUGUGAGAGGUCUUCUUUAAGACAGAAACUAGGUGAUUAAAUGACUAUUUUCCUGCAUCUGUAACCGGAAGCAAAUCUAGUCCAGAUCCUUCAAGUAAAUCAGAUUCUAUCAAGUUUCUUUGGUCCAAUACCAUUUAGGAAUGGCAAAAGUUUGCAAAAACAUCCCAAAGGAAACAUUACAAGGCCUAAAAGUUGAAAAUGCACAUCUGUUGGAGCUGCAUAGAAAGGUAUGAGCCCUUAUUGAAUAGACUCAUCACAGAUGUUGAGGACUUCACUUACCCAAAUGCUGGAAAAUAUUAUCUACCAUUUCAAAGUUCAAAACCGUAGUUAAAUUUUGAAGGAGUUGGAGCUAGUGCGUGCACCUUUGCUAGUACCGAAAAAUCGAGGCGGAUUUGGAAUCUUUAAUGUAUGAAUUGUAUUAUUUUGAAUUAUCAAUAUAGUAAAGGACCGCUGUUUUUUUACCUUAUCAUGUAAAAAGGAUGCAAAUCCAUUUACAUUGCUCUUAUUUGAUGAGUAUUUUAAUUUUCUUUUUUUUAUAUUUGUA